AUGUCGUUGUCAUGGGAACUGUUAAUCCUACUGUCACUCAGAGCGUGCCUGGCUGAAGACAGUCGCCACGGUCCCGUCUUCACCCAGGAGCCCAGUGACAGCGUGUUCCCUUUGAGCAGCGAUGAUAAGCAGGUGUUUAUUAAUUGCAAAGCAAAGGGGAACCCGCCUCCGCAUUAUAGGUGGAAAGUGGACGGAAGAGAAAUCAAGCCAGAGUUGGAGAGCCACUACAGCUUCGUGGAGGGGAAUCUGCUGAUCAAUAACCCACAUGUCAUCAAUCAUGGAGGAGUGUAUCAGUGCUUCGCCACCAACAUGUUCGGCACUGUGGUCAGCAGAGAGGCCAACGUCCAGUUUGCAUUUUUGCAGAACUUCAGCAGUAAGACAAGAAACACGGUGUCAGUGCGAGAGGGUCAGGCGGUCGUGCUGCUCUGUGGACCCCCGCCACAUUACGGAGAGAUCAAAUACUCGUGGGUUUUCAACGGCCGCCGGGGUUUUCUGCAGCAGGAUGCCCGGCGUUUUGUCUCGCAGCGAACAGGAAACUUGUACAUCGCCAAAGUGGAGUGGUCCGACGAGGGAAACUAUACGUGCGCCGUGAGGAACAUCAUGACCAACACCAGCGUCCUCAGCUCCCCCACACCAGUGGUCCUGCGCAGAGACGCUGUUAUGGGGGAAUACGAACCAAAGAUCGAGGUGCGUUUCCCUGAGACUCUCCGUGUCUCAAAGGGAUCCUCCGUUAAGUUGGAGUGCUUUGCCUUAGGAAACCCAGUGCCGUCCAUCUCGUGGAGAAGAGCUGACGGAAACCCACUCCCUGGAAAGAUUAAAAUCAACCACUCCAGCGGGGUCCUGGAAAUCCCAUACUUUCGCCCUGAAGAUGCGGGUGUGUACGAGUGUGUGGCCCAGAACAGCAGAGGUCGAAACGCCGCCAGAGGCCAACUCUUAUUCUAUGAUCUGGAACAUCUCCACUGGGCCCAGUCUAUUAAAGACACACAGAUGGCUAUUGACACAAACCUGCAGUGGGAAUGUAAGGCCCUGGGGAAGCCCAGGCCAACAUACCGCUGGCUCAAGAAUGGACUUCUUUUGUCAUCACAGGGCCGACACCAUGUUGAAUCUGGGACUCUGUCUAUCUCUAGAAUCAGUCUAUCAGACGCAGGCAUGUUCCAGUGUGUGGCGGAGAACGACUUGGGAGCUGUGUAUGCCAGUGCGGAGCUCAAGGUCGUUGCCUCCCCUCCGGACUUUUCCCAUCGGCCCGUGAGGAAGUCCACUGUGGUACAGAAGGGAGGAGAGCUGAUCCUGGAGUGCCGUCCCUCUGCCUCCCCGCGGGCUCUGGUCUUCUGGUGGAGAUGGGGCCAACUGCUUAAAGACACACAGAGACAGACGAUCAUGGAGGAUGGGUCUCUGCGGAUCACUAACAUCACACAGUCUGACGCAGGGAGGUACACCUGUGUGGCCAGGAACCACUUUGGUUCAGCCAGCAGCACAGGGACAGUAGUGGUCAAGGACCCAACUAAGAUAAUUGUUCCUCCAUUGAGCCUGGAUGCCACACUGGGACAGAGUUUGGUUUUGCCUUGUGAAGUGUCCAGUGACCUGUCUCUGAGUUUGAGUUUCAAGUGGUUCUUCAACGGCAAGCCCAUUGAUUUCAGCCGGCAGGAGCACUUUGAAAUGAUCGGAGGGGGAUUUGCCGGUGACCUUAUGGUUAGAAACAUCCAGCUGAAGCAUUCUGGGAAAUACGUCUGCAUGGUCCAUACAGAUCUGGACACAGUUUCAGCCGCAGCAGAUGUGAUUGUCAGAGGACCUCCAGGCGCGCCACAGGGCCUGGUGGUGAGCGACAUCACCGAUUCAACAGUGCAGCUGCUGUGGGAGGCUGGGCCAGACAACCACAGCCCAGUCACAACAUACAUGGUGCAAGCCAGGACUCCAUUCUCCAUUGGCUGGCAGAGUGUCCGCACUGUUCCAGACCCUGUAUCAGGCCACAUUCAGCAGGCCACAGUGCAGGACCUGAGUCCCUGGGUGGACUACGAGUUCAGAGUGGUUGCAAUCAACAGUGUGGGGAUUGGUGAGCCCAGCCUGCCCUCAACACAGAUUCGAACAAAAGCUUCAGUUCCCAAGGUGGCGCCGCUGAGCGUGAGUGGUGGUGGAGGAGCUCGUGGAGAACUGGUGAUUGUUUGGGAGCCAGUUCCAGAGGAACAGCAAAGCGGGGAAGACUUUGGAUACAUUGUAGCCUUUCGGCCUUCGGACAGUAGCACCUGGAUCCAGUCUGUUAUGGCCUCCGCUGAUGCCUCCAGAUAUGUGUACAGGAACGACAGCCUGUUGCCCCUGUCCCGGCACGAGGUGAGGGUGGGCGUGUUCAACAGCAGAGGAGAGGGGCCCUUCAGCCAGACCAUCACUGUGCUGUCAGCUGAGGAAGAGCCGUCUGAAGCCCCAUCCAGAGUUUGGGCUCGCUCUCUGUCGUCCUCAGAGGUCGAGGUGUUCUGGGAGUCCAUUCCCACCGGCUCUAGAACAGACAAGAUUAUUACAUACGAGGUCUUAUUCUGGGAGGAGGGGUCUGAAGUCCAGCGAAGUGUGAGCGUGACCACCACCACAGCGCGCCUCUCCGCUCUGAAGCCCAGUACGGUCUAUCUGAUCUCAGUCAGAGCUCAGAACAGUGCAGGACUUGGACCCCGCAGUCCUGCUUUUAACAUCACCACCAAGAAACCUCCACCGAGUCGGCCUCCGGGGAACAUUGAGUGGAACCUGACCAACUCCAAGAUCUUUCUAAAUUGGGAACAUGUCAAGGCGCUGGAAAAUGAGUCCGAGGUGACUGGAUACAAGGUUGUGUAUCGCCCAAACUGGAACAGCAAAACCACAAUUCUGGAGACCAAAAGACCCAGUGUGGCGUUGCAUGUCCCAUCAGGAGACGACUACCUCAUCGAGAUUAAAGCAGUGACUGAAGGAGGAGAUGGAGCCAGCAGUGGACCUAUCCGCAUACCCAUGAUGUCCAGUCUUAACUCACAGGGCCACUGCUGUCUUCUCCCACCCCAUGUCACGUUUGGAACUGUUUUUAUAGUUUUAACGAUGAAUUUGUAG